UAACAGGAUGCAGAGAAAGAACUUCACAGAGGUGACAGAGUUCAUCUUUCUGGGAUUCUCAAGCUUUGGGAAACACCAGGUAACCCUCUUUGUCAUCUUCCUAAUUGUCUACAUCUUGACUCUGGCUGGCAACUUCAUCAUUGUGACCAUCAUUUAUGUGGACCACCACCUGCACACACCCAUGUACUUCUUCCUCAGCAUGCUGUCCAGCUCAGAGACUGUGUAUAGCCUGGUCAUCAUCCCACACAUGCUCUCCAGCCUCCUCUUCCAUGACCAGCCCAUUUCCCUGGCUGGAUGUGCUACCCAGAUGUUUCUUUUUGUCACAUUAGCCACUAAUAACUGCUUCCUGCUCACAGCCAUGGGCUACGACCGCUACGUGGCCAUCUGUAACCCUCUGCGCUACUCCCUCAUUAUGAGUAAAGGAAUAUGUAUUGGGCUGGUCUGUGGGUCCUUUAUCACUGGUCUGAUCAUGGCUGUUCUCCAUGUGACCGCUAUGUUCAACCUGCCUUUCUGUGGCACUGUGGUGGACCACUUCUUCUGUGACAUCUACCCAGUCAUGAAGCUCUCCUGUGUGGACACCACCAUCAAUGAGAUGAUCAACUAUGGAGUUAGUUCCUUUGUGAUUUUGGUACCAGUGGCUCUGAUCUUCAUCUCCUAUGUCCUCAUCAUUUCCUCCAUCCUCAGGAUCACCACAGCUGAGGGCAGGAAGAAAGCCUUCGCUACCUGUGGUUCCCACCUGACAGUGGUCAUCAUCCAUUAUGGCUGUGCCUCCAUUGCCUACCUCAAGCCCAAGUCAGAGAGCUCAGUAGAGAAGGAUCUCCUUCUCUCAGUGACCUACACCAUCAUCACACCCCUGCUCAACCCUGUGGUGUACAGUCUCAGGAACAAAGAAGUCAAGGUUGCCUUGCAGAGAGCCAUGGGCAGGAAUAUUUCUUGA